AGAUCACACGGCUGCUCUGGAGAGGCUGGCUGGCUUGUCCAGAGGGUAAACAUUCUGAGCACAGUUGAUGUCACAAGCCACAUGAUUCCACUACCAACUAGGGUACCCUUUGGAAGAUGAAUGGAGUCUACUGCAAGCAAGAUUAAAAUGUGUAAAGAUUGUAUUUGACUUGCCAUUGCCCAGUGGCAGGCCCUGAUUGAGAAUAACCAGAGAGAAGAAUGUAGUAGAGAUACUAUAGUGAUGCUGUCUGUUUGUCUCCUUUUAUCUUUGUUAUCAUCAGUUUUCUGUGUUGACACUGUGUACCUCCAGCCCUCCAGCCCUGGAAACCUCUGUCCUGUCUGAAUAAUCUCCUUCCUUUUCUUCUCCUUUAUCAGCCUAAUCUCUGUCAGCAAAUAUUUUUAUUGUUUUGUGUUAGUUUGUUUUUUGAGGUUUAUAUAUUUUUCACAUUUUCUUUGGAAAUUCAAAUUUGUAAAAGUUGCAGAAAUAGGCUGGGUGCAGUGGCUCAGGCCUAUAAUCCCAGCACUUUGGGAGGCCAAGGCAGGUGGAUCAUUUGAGGUCAGGAGUUCAAGACCAGCCAGACAAACAUGGUGAAACCCCAUCUCUACCCAAAACAUAAAAUUUACCCAUGCGUGGUGGUGGGCGCCUGUAAUCCCAGCUACUUGGGAAGCUGAGGCAGGAGAAUCGCUUGAACCUGGGAGACAGAGGCUGCAGUGAGCUGAGAUAGCGCCACUGCACUGCAGCCUGGGUGACAGAGCGAGACUCCAUCUCAAAAGUUGCAAAAAAUAAAAUCAAUACAAAGAACACCCUUAUGCCCUGUAUCCAGAUUUUCCUAUUAACACUUUACCCCAUUUGCUGUAUCCGUCCCCUCCCUCCUGCCCCCUACCCCAUGUGUAUGUGUAUAUACUUAAUUUUUUCUCUGAACUAUUUGAAGGUAAGUUAUAAACACUAUGUCGUUUUAUACCUAAGUACUUCAAUGUGUAUUUCCUAAGAAUAGGGACCAAAUAUUGUUUUCGGUGGUUGGUGCUCUUUUUAGCAAGUGACUAAAACGCAAAUGGGUGGCUUACUCAAUACUAUUUUGCUCAUUGCUGAAGUCAGUUUGAUGGGGAGACUCUGGGACUCCAGAGAGGCAAGGUUGCCUCUUUGUUUCGCUUGUCCUAUAACAACUUUGUGCACUAACGAGGUGUGGAAUAAGGUGAAAGAUGAUUGUGACACUUGGGAGAUAAGCUGACGGCAGCCCUUUCAAGAUUAUCACAACAUGUCAACUAGAUACAGAACAGGGCUGCAGAUCUAAAUGGCAGGUAUGUUUAUGCUGUAUGGGGAGCUAUGGCCGCUCUGGAAAUGGUGAUGGGCUUGUUUUGCAGUGCUGUCGAGCAUGUGUGAGUGAAGUGUGAGUUAGCUUCUGCACGUGAGAGCUCAGAGUUGUCUUCCUGUGUGUAUUUAUUCAUAGUACUGAAACCUUCGAAGGACAAUGGGAGAACAUGAUUCCCCUUGUGUUCCUCCCAGAUAGCCUGGUUUGGAACAUUAGCAUGUAUUGGAAAGUAAGUUGAAGCCACAUACUUUGGCAGUUUGGGGGGUAUCAGCAAUUUCAUUUGGUCCAUUAAGGUGUAGAGAAAGCUCGUGAGUCUGGGCAUCAGCUUAUGUGACUUCUAACCCCACUCCACCAUGAGCUACCUGUGUGAUAUUGGGCAAACCUCUCUGCUACUUGGUUUUCCCAUGUUAUUAGUUUAGACUCUAAACUGGAGUGGAUGAACAUCUUCCUGGCUAAAACGCAGAUUGACAUGUGGACAGUAGCAUACUUGUGAGUGAUGCACACAGGACCCCGAGGACUUGGAAUUGCAUUGUGUCUUGACCCAUCACAUUUCUCCGACUGCCAACUUCAGACUCUCCCACUGGAACCUCAGACUUAAUGUAAAGGGGGCUUAAAAUACUGGGGGGAAAUAUGGGAGGCAGAAUCUCUCAGUGCCUGUGUAGAGUUUUUAAAAUGUGACCCAGUUUUGGUUUAGUCACUGAAAAGUUUGUGGGAGCCUGGUGGUUCCAGGGUGCACACCACUCCUUGUAGCAGGUCCCCUGUCUUGUGUGCUGUGUCUUCCCGAGGUAUGCUGGUACUGGUGGCCCAGGCAGGAGGUGACACUCUCAAAGUGACUGGUCACUACGUAAAAUGUGUCUUUCUCUUGUUUGUUUCCCACCUGCUUUCCGAGCCCCUUUCUCGGACAGUUGACCACGGCAUGUUUGAGAAUUUGAACACAGCCCUCACUCCAAAGCUCCAGGCCAGCCGCUCCUUCCCCCACUUGUCCAAGCCCAUGGCCCCCGGCUCUGCCCCUCUGGGCUCUGCUGAGCCUGGGGGGCCAGGACUCUGGGUGGGCAGCAGCCAGCACCUCAAGAACCUGGGCAAAGCCAUGGGGGCCAAAGUGAAUGACUUCCUGCGGAGAAAGGAGCCCUCCAGCCUGGGCAGUGUGGGUAUGACAGAGAUCAACAAGACUGCAGGAGCACAACUGGCCGGUGGGGCUGACGCGGCUCCAGGGGCUUGGCUAGAGGAUGAAAGGUCAGUCCUGCAAGAAGCAUUUCCUCGGCUGGAUCCUCCACCUCCCAUAACCAGAAAGCGAACCCCUCGGGCCCUGAAGACCACCCAGGACAUGCUGAUUUCAUCACAGCCUGUCCUGAGCAGUCUGGAGUAUGGGACAGAGCCAUCACCUGGGCAGGCCCAGGACUCUGCUCCCACUGCCCAGCCUGACGUCCCAGGAGACACUUCGCAGCCGGAGGCCACCACGGAAAGAGAAGAGAGAGGCGAAGUUCUGCCCAAUGGAGAGGUUUCCCUGUCAGUACCUGACCUAAUCCACAAGGAUAGCCAGGAUGAAUCCAAGCGAAAGAUGACUGAGUGCAGAAGGGCCUCCUCCCCCAGCCUCAUCGAGAGGAAUGGCCUCAAACUCAGCUUGAGCCCCAUCAGCCUGGCUGAGUCCUGGGGUGAUGGCAGCCCCCCUCCUCAGGCACGGACCUCCAGCCUGGACAAUGAGGGCCCUCACCCAGACCUGCUGUCCUUUGAAUAGAGCCUCUGCUCUUUCCUGCUGAGCUCUGCCCUUGUCUUCCUGCUGCUUUCUCCUCCACUGCACACACUGGCCCUGGCCCCAAUUCCGCCAUGCCCUUUGUCUUCCUUGUAUGAGGCACCAGCAGAGAGCCAGUCGUCCAUCAUGGGAUUUUGCAGGUCUGGAAGUCCUGGAGUAGUUCUAGUUAAAGAGUCUAUCUGCAGAAUGGCUAAAGGACUCGAUGCCGUCUUGAGCCUAAUUUUCUGUAACCUCCUCUGAGUGGGCUGCAGCCCUUGGACAUUAGAGCUCUUCCACUCUUGAGCUUGUCCUGUCUUCUCAGUGAAUUGCAGGGCCACCAGCCCAGGACGAUGGAUCUUGCAGGAAUUCUCUUUGCCUGUCCCCUACGUGCGCCUCCUCCCCUGCUGUUCUCCCUCCCACACCCCGGUCCCUUCUCUCUCCUCCUUGAUGGGUCCGAGGCCCCUGGCCUCAGCGGGAGCAAGGCUGGAUGAGGAAUGAUGGGUUUGGCUUGAUGACAGGCCGUGGCCUAGAAAGCCACACACCCUGACCACAGCCCAGCCAUGGCUCCUCUUGGUCCCAGGACAGCGCAGGCCCCUGGUUGCCAUGUUUGCUCUGCCCCAGGGGUGGAGGCCAGAGGAGAUGCUUACCAGGCCUGAGACCUUGAGAGUUCACCCAGGGUUUGAACCCUGCCACCCAGGGUUCCCAAGGUUUCCCCCUAUCUGGUCAGAUGUCGAAUACAAAAUGUGGGCAUUCUGCACAGAAGGAAAGAUCAGGCUUCCUUUGCUGAGUGUGUGAAGACAGGGAGAGCCAGGCCCCAGCAGAUGCAGCCGAGCACACUCUGAUUUUGUUUUGUGAGGAGGGCCCAGGAACUUGGGGGUGGUCUUGGCAUUCAUGGCUGGCGCUGAAAACCCAGAGCAGAAGCAGGGAGAAGGGAGUGAGGAUGGGACAGAGAAGAGCGAUCACUGGGGAUCAGAACAGCUUUUCAGGGGCCACCUUGCAGCCUAAAAUGAUGCCGUUUCAGGGCCUGGGCCUGCUGUGAGAGCCAGAGUGAAGUGUGUGCAAGAUUGGAAUGUGAGAAGAACUGUGGGGGAAAACCAGUUUUAAUUAAGUGGAAGUGCUUUGUGCUUGUGCUGAAGUUGCCUGGGCCUCCUGCAGCUCUGGACCUCACUGGAGCGGCCCCGCCCUGCCCUUCCCUGCCUUUCUUUUAUGCUGAUGCUGGUGGGCUUUUUCCUGCUUCAGGAUCCAUGUAAGGAACUGACCAGGUUCAUCCAACCUUAACUGGUUCCUGCUCUCCUGGAUUAACCCACUUUUAUGUUCCUGUCUUCCACCAGGGGUCCUACUGUGCUGUCUUCCUGUGGCCAGCAGAGCCUGUAAGGGGGUGAUCCUAAUCCUGGGGCUCUUUGCAGCAAGAGGAGAAUGUUCCUUUUCUUGAACAAGGUGGCCGGUUCCCUGGGAGAAGGCUGGGAAUGGCACGUCCGGCCAGGGCAGGCGGUGCGGCAUCCUCCUCCUGGGAUUCCUGUGGGCUCCCCUGUUCUGUUCAUUGUUUGGCUUCCCACCCAUAAGCUCUGGGAUACCCAGGGCUUGCUUCCCAGCUCUUCUCAUCUCCAAGCCUCUGCUCCCCUUCCCACCACUGCUGCCAUAUAAAAUGGCCAUGCUAACUCCUACAGAACUAGGAGCCUCAGCAGGAUUGCUAGGAUGUGGGUGCCUUCCUGCAUUCUUGCUUCUGCAGCUGUGUGGCCUUGCCACGGCCCCCCCACCACUUUCCCUUCUACCUUGCCUUCCAUUGUCGUCCUUCUCCCAGAAAGCCAGGUUUCACCACCUGCUCACCACAAGCUGUCUCCCCUCCCUUGUAGGAGUCACUGCAGCGGGGCACCUGCAGGCCCUGGUAGAGUGAGCAGGGCUUACAUGUACAUUCUUUCUCACUCCAAGGAUGUGAUAUCUGACCCUGAUGUCAGAGGAGGUCUCAGGACUAGCAUUCGGGGUCCUUUGAGUUUUCCCAGAAUGGUUUGGGGUAUCACACAAAACACCAGAGCUGAGGAUAGGGAUAGAGCCCCCAAACACACAUCCCAGGAGCAAGCCACUUCAUCUGAGCUUCCCAUACCAGGAGCAUGGUUUGUGCUUUGAUGGGAAACCUAGCAAGUCCCUGCACUCUGGGGCUUCUCCUCUUCUGGAGCCCAGGGCGGCUAUGGCCCGAUGAUAUGGCAGCCAUAGGUACAGGUAUUGCAGGUGCAGCCUUUCUUAAGUACCCUGCCUCCACUCUAUAGCCCAGCUGCUGCUGGAGUCCAGGACCUUAGACCCAGGAUGAGCAAAAGGAUCCCACCAGGUUGUCCAGGACCAUUGCCAGGGUGACCCCAGAGUUCUUCAGACUUGUGUCUGAUACUGAAUACAGUGCCAUGGGACCCUGCUCCAAUCUAACUGCCUAUAACCCACCUGUCCCCCUGCUGCAGGGGUGAUGCUGCUACCUCGGGAGGCUCUCUGAGACUGGUGUCUGAUCUUAGAUGCUGCAGAUAGUACCCGGUGCUAGGGUCUAGGUGCUGCCCAAAGCCCAGCAGGAACAGCUACUACUCAUCCUGCAGAGGCCUUGGCCCAGACCAGCUUUCCAUCCAAAGCCUCACCUGGUUUCCAUGUCCAUCUCAACAGUCUGGCCUUCUUGUGACUGCAGCCUGGCAGCCACACCCCCAGUAAUCCCGCACAGUGAGUCCAGCUUCUCUGGGAGCUUGGCCUUCAGUUAGCCCAGUCCAUGAGAGGGCAGGGUAAUGAGGAGGAGUAAAGGACGUAUCUUCUCUGUCCACAUAAGGAAGCUGGGACCACAAGGUCUUUUAUCUCCUUGUUACUCCCAACCCCAUCAUAACCUCCUACUCAGCACACAGCUUUAUCCUGAUAGAUUAUAAGGUGAGCUUCCAGAACCUGGCAGGAGGCUGGUGUAUCCCCCUGCACAGAGGGAAGUGUAUCUGAAUGUUGUGUAUGUGGCUGAUAUGGAAGACAUACAUGUAUGCAAUCCAUCAGCCUUUAAAGAAGAAGAUUGGCUCCAGUUUGGAGAAGGAGGAAGAAGAUUACAGAUCUAUUCUGAGUAUUUUUAGAGAGGUAAUAUUUAUAUUUUUAGUAAUUUUCUGGUAGAAGGAAAUUGCACAAUAAAAUGAUUUAGUUUGGUUU